AUGACCCAGGAGCAGUAUAUCCUUGCAGCGCAGCCCAACCCACUCCACCAGCGUGGUGCGUCAGUGUGUGGUGCCCAAGUUUACCCAGCAGUGGGCAUCUAUGGCUGGAGGAAAAGAUGCUUGUACUUCUUUAUCCUCCUCCUACUUGUCACCAUGAUCGUCAACCUGGCGCUGACCAUCUGGAUCCUCAAAGUCAUGAACUUCACUCCGAGUGGUAUGGGGAAUCUGCAAGUGACCAAGGACGGAGUCAGACUGGAGGGAGUGUCCGAAUUCCUGUUGCCUUUAUACGUCAAAGAGAUCCAGUCUCGUAGGGACAGUCCAUUGAUCCUCCAAUCAGACAGAAAUGUGACCGUCAAUGCUAGGAAUAAUCAGGGACAACUGACCGGUCAGCUAACAGUGGGUUCAGAGAUGGUGGAGGCCCAGUGUCAAAGGUUUGAGGUGAGGAGUGCAGAUGGAGAGAGAGUUCUGUUCUCUGCAGACGAAGAGGAGAUCAGCAUCGGCACUGAGAAACUCAGAGUCACAGGAAAUGAAGGUGUGGUGUUCAGCCAUUCUGUAGAAACAUCACAUGUGAGGGCAGAACCCUUCCAGGACCUAAAGCUGGAGUCCCCGACCCGGACCCUCACCCUGGAAGCCCCCAGAGGGGUGGAGGUCAAUGCUGGAGUGGGAGACUUCUCGGCGUCCUGUAGGAAAGACCUUCUCUUGCAGUCCUCAGAAGGAGAGAUCUUUCUAGAUGCAAACACCAUCCGGCUGGGUAACAUUCCCCUUGGCAGUGCUGUGGACCCCCUGGAAGGGGCACCAGCAGGUACCACAUACACCAAACAGACUGUGUACGAGCUGUGUGCCUGCGCCAACGGCAAGCUCUACCUGUCCCCGGCUGAGAAGGGUUCUACCUGCCAAACCACUAGUAAUUUUUGUCUUUGGAGCUGA